AUGCAGAGAUUUUCGGCACUAUCUAGAUCUGUUGUUAGAGCCAACAUAUUUGCUUCGAGAAGGGCUAUCAGUGUUGGCCACCGGGCUUUCUCGUCUACCCCAAGGUAUAUGUAUGCGGAGGCAAAAGAGGGUAAAGAUGCUAAAAAAGAGGAUACCAUCAAAGACGAAGGUAAAAAAGAUGCCAAGGAUAGUAAAGAAACAAGGACAACUAAGGAUGACGUCGAUGCUCAACUUGAUGAAACCAACAAGUCACUUGAAGAACUGAAGAAGCAGAAUGCAGAGCUGAAGGAUAGAUAUGUCAGAGCUGUGGCCGAAUUUAGAAAUUUGCAGGCUACUACACAGAGAGAAAUGAAGAAGGCUAGGGACUUUGCGUUGCAGAAGUUCUCGAAAGACUUGAUUGAAACUGUGGAUAACUUCGAUCAUGCUAUCGAGGCGGUCGCACGCGAGGAGCUCAAGAGCAAUAACAGUCUUUCCAGCUUCUAUGACGGUGUCAAGAUGACUAAGGAUGUUCUUGAAAAGACCUUAGAGAAGCAUGGUUUGAAGAAGAUUGAUCCUCUGGAUAAGGAAUUCGACCCUAACAAGCAUGAGGCAGUGUUCCAGGUGGCCGUGCCCGGUAAGGAGCCUGGAACGGUCUGUAUGGUCCAGCAGCCUGGCUAUGAAUUGAACGGUAGAGUUUUAAGGGCUGCUAAAGUUGGUGUUGCCAAGGCAGCUGACAAUUAA